GUUAAUUUUAAUAAUAAUUGUUGCUAAAUUUACCCCGAGGGAGACUAGCCAUAGGGGUUGUAUAUUCAAUACUCUAGUCUAGGAAAUGCUAGUAGCAGACUAGCAGUUUAGCAUUGUACUUUUUUGUAAUUUGUAGUCUUUGGCUAGUUGGGCGCGUAUAUUUCGCGCGUGGUGGUGAUCACUAAUGUAUACUUCAAAGUAAAUAAAAAACUCGUUAUAUUCACUAUGUUUUAACUGUUAAAUCAUCGGAUUUGAAAAUUUUAGCAGGGCACGAAAUUGAAGAUAAUCACGUUUAGAGACUCUUGAGUAUAAUUUGAACUUCGAUAACUAAUCAUACGAAAAUGAAUGACUUACCGUAUCAAGCAGAGUAUGCUAAGUCCGGUCGAGCGGCUUGUAAAGGUUGCAAAGAGAAAAUAGAUCAAGGAUCUUUACGUAUUGCUGUAAUGGUGCAGUCAGCAUUUCAUGAUGGAAAACAACCAAAUUGGCACCAUGAAAAAUGUUUGUUUAAGAAAAAAUGUCCAACCAUACAAGAAAUAGGCAAUUUUAAUAAACUAAAAAAUGAAGAUCAGAAAAGAAUUAAAGAACUAUUGGCAAAUUCAUGUGGUGCUAUUAUGCCAGUGGAAAAGGGUAAAAAAGGAAAAGGUACAAAGAGAAAAGAAGAAAAAUUACAACCUGGUAUUUCUAAUUUCUCAGUGGAAUAUGCUAAGUCCAGUAGAGCUACUUGCAAACACUGUGACAUUAAAAUUUGCAAGGAUGAAGUAAGAAUUUCUAAAAUGGAAUUUGAUCCCCGAUAUGGUGAUGCACCGGCUUGGCAUCAUGUAAAGUGCUUUGCCGAAAGACAGGCUGAGUUUUUAUUCUUGGCGGGAGGAGAGGACCUACCAGGUUUUAAGCAACUCAGGAAGGAAGAUCAAGCCACGGUUAAGAAUGAAAUUAAACCUAUAAGUCCUGAUGGAGGUCCAAUAAAGAAGUUAAAAUCAGAACCUAAAGAUGAAGAAGAAAUAAAAAAGGAAAAACAAUUAGAAAAAGACUUAUGUAAGCAAAAUGAUUUGUUCCACAAGUACCGAGGCCGCCUUAGUGAACUUGGCAAAAGUGAUUUGCACGAACUGCUUGAAGCUAAUUCACAAGAGAUACUGAAAGGACCAGAUGAGUGCUUGGAUCACUUGGCGGACAUGAUGGCAUUUGGGGCUCUAGAACCAUGUCCUGAAUGCAAACAGGGUCAGCUUAUUUUGGACACUUUCAAUUAUAGGUGCACAGGUAAUAUAAGUGAAUGGACCAAAUGCAGCUACACAACCAGGACACCGAAACGGAAGCCGAUGAAAGUGCCCUCAAGUUACAAAAAGGGAUCGGUGUUUAAGACCUACAAACCAAAAAUUGGUGAGAGACUGUUUGAGCUUGCACCUCCUCCAGCCAUCAUCAUCAAAAAGGAGGAACCGCAAGGUGAGAAGAAAUUCCCCAUUCCACCGCUUAAGAAUCUCCAGUUCUUCUUGUACGGAAAAUUCAAAGGGGACAAAGAGGAAAUAAAAAAGCGCAUUUUAAAAAUGGGAGGUCUGGUCACGAGCAAAGUCACCGAUACGCUGGCCGCGGUCGUGUCCACGGAGAAAGAGGUGGAGAAAAUGGCCGCCAAGAUGGAGUCCAUCCAAGCCGAAGACAUCGAAGUCGUGAACGAAGAGUUUUUCGAUUUGAUCUACUCAAAAAGCGGUUCCGUUUCCCAAACGCUGGACCUCAUCAAACAAAACAAUAUCGCGCCUUGGGGAUCGGAUCCCACCAAACGCGUUCCCCAAGACGUGAUCGACGGGAAGUCCAUUCAAAAGUCUGGCAGCAACUACGUGAAGUCGUCCGGUGUCACUAAACUGAAAAUCAAAGGUGGGACCGCCGUCGACCCCGACUCGGGUCUGUCCGACGAAGCUCACGUGUACGUGGACCCCGAAGGGGCCAAAUAUACAGUCAUACUCGCGAAGACGGAUGUCGUCGCCGGCAAGAACUCGUAUUAUAAGAUGCAGGUCUUGGAGGCUGAUAACAAGAAGAAAUUCUGGUUCUUCCGUUCGUGGGGCAGAAUCGGCACACCCAUCGGGGGCAACAAACUCGAGGAUUGCAAAUCUCUUCAUGACGCCGUCCGCAAGUUCGAAGACAUGUAUAUGGAGAGAACUGAAAAUCCUUGGGAGAUGCGCGACGAUUUCAUGAAGAUGCCGGGCGCUUACUAUCCGAUCGAGGUGGACUACGGCGACGGGGACAAUGUGAAGAAGGACAAAAGCAAGUUGAAAGUGGAUACGAAGUGCGGUCUCGCUUUGCCCGUCCAGAACCUCGUGCAGAUGAUAUUCGACAUUGACACCAUGAAAAGGACGCUGAUGGAGUUCGAGCUCGACACGGAGAAGAUGCCUCUGGGAAAGCUUUCGAAGAAACAGAUUAAAUCCGGGUACAACGUGUUGUCCCAACUCCUUGCGCUCGUUCAAAAGGGUAACGCAAGUCACAGCAAAAUUGUAGACUCGACCAACAGAUUUUACACGGUGGUGCCGCAUAGUUUCGGCCUCGACAAUCCCCCGCUGCUGGACAGCGAGCAGGCGGUCUUGACCAAGAUUCAGAUGCUGGACAGCUUGAUGGAAAUCGAAAUCGCCUACAGUCUUCUCAACUCGGAUGAGGAGGAAGGCGUGAGUGCGAUCGAAUCUAACUACAAGAAGUUGAAGACGGAGUUGGAGCCCCUGGACAAGAGUAAUGAAGAGUAUCAGAUGAUAGCCGAAUACGUGAAGAACACUCACGCGGCCACCCACACGAAUUAUACCCUCGAAUUGCAGGAGGUAUUUAAAGUGAAGCGCGAAGGUGAAGCGAAGCGAUACAAGCCGUUCCGUAAGCUCCACAACAGACGUCUGCUAUGGCACGGCUCCAGGACUACUAACUUUGCCGGCAUUCUGUCUCAAGGUCUCCGCAUAGCGCCGCCCGAAGCGCCCGUGACGGGUUAUAUGUUCGGCAAAGGUAUAUACUUCGCCGACAUGGUCUCCAAGUCGGCCAACUAUUGUUGCACCAACACCAACAACCCCGUCGGCCUCAUGCUGCUUAGCGAAGUGGCUUUGGGAGACAUGAAAAAGUGCAAACAAGCCGAGUAUAUAACAAAGUUACCGGCCGGCACUCACUCCGUGUGGGGUAUGGGCCAGACCGAGCCCGAUCCGUCCCAGAACAAAAUCCUCGAAGACGGCGUUAUUGUGCCACUGGGAAAGUCUGUUCAGAAGAAAGAAAAAACAUCGUUACUCUAUAACGAAUUCAUCGUAUACGACGUCGCCCAGGUCAACGCGAAGUAUCUGCUGCAAGUGAAGUUCAACUACAAAUAUUGAAUUGAAUAUAUAUUGCUACUAAAUGCUGUUGUUCCUUAAUUAUUAAAAGGAAGAAUAAAGGUGAAACCGGAACACAUGUCAUACCUAGUUAGUGUUUGAACUGAAUUCUCCUAGUUAUAAACUAACCUUUAUUCACAGAAGUAGAUUCGGUCUUACACGGUUUUAGUAAAACAAUGUCUGUUUUAAUCUUAAAUUUGUCGGAUAUAUAAUAAUUUAUAAGAAUAUGGUACAAAAAGGUUACAGGUACAAUCUUUAGUUCGCAUAUUCUCAAGUUAUAUAUAACACUAUUAUUAUUUAAUAUUAAUCACUACAUCAUCAUGUCAUAUUAUUAAAAUAUAUUAAGUACCACAUUGUCAAAUUAAUCAUUACUAAUAUUUUUCAAAAUUAAUACUUGAGUUGAAUGCAAUGAGACUGAAUUAUUUUUUAUGAAUAAGGUGUGUAGGAGAAUAAUAUAAAAUUAGCCUCAACCAAUUUUCACUGUAUAUAUGUGCCAUUACUAGAUUAUGAUUCUACUUUAGUCCUAAGUUGGUUAAUGUUGACGUGGCAGCGAUUAUUGUUUUUGGAAAUUACUUAGUUAUAUUUUGUAAUUGUUUUGUUAACACUAAAUGUCAUUCAUAAUUUUGAUUAAAUAUGUAUGUUAACAUAAAGAUGCUUAAAUUAGUGUUUGUGAACUGAAAUGUGUGUUUUGUGUUUAUGAACAAUCAGUUUAUGUGUGAUAUCUUAAUGUUUGAAAUAAAACAAUUGUUUUCAACUAUAACCUCUUUUUAUUAACGUUCUAUUCUAUACAUAUUCAUUGGAAGUCAGAUGUCUUAUGCAAUAUGGUGUAAAAAAAAUAUAUGGUGCUUGCGGAUCCUUACAAACGUUGCGUAAAAGAAAAAGCUUGGCUAUUAAAAAGAGUGGCGGAGAGUUUAUUGCAAGUUCUUCUAUUCUACGCCCUUGAAUUGAGAACUGGCAGUAAAUGUAAAAUAAGAAACAUUCAAUGUAUAUUUCUUGUCUGCGUUCACGUUCAUGUGUACAAUGUGUUACCUAUAUGAAUAAAUUAUUUUUGAUUU